CGCCAACCGUCGAAAUUUCAAUCAUAGAUAAAUGAGUGUUUUUAGCAUUUGUUUACAUUGUGAUAGUGUAAUGUACAAUAUACUGAAAAUCAUGACAAAUUUGUCAUGCUAUAAAUGUGCACCUGAAAACGAUAAGCUAUCAAAUCGGUUGUAACAUUGUAAGAUAAUUAUUGUCGAAAAAUUGUUUGUAAACGGAAUGUAAAUAAUUAAUAAUAAUUAUUUAUUAUUUAUUUCGAUCCGUCAGCUCUAAAACAAACAGUUUUUUAUAAUUAUUUUGUGUCUUGUCGUACUUGUCGAAAAUGUCUCAACAGCAACAACAGCAAUUCCAAAGCAUACCACUGGAUAGCGUCGAAUCGCAAUGGGAAAUGUUAUUUAAUCGCUUUGACAGAAAUCGUGAUGGUAAAAUAUCUAUCAACGAGUUACAUCAUGUCUUAAAACAAGGAGCUGGUGAACAAUACAAUGUACCUCCUAAAAUUUUGGCAAUAAUUGCACAGAAAGCUGAUCACAACCAAGAUGGAUAUAUUAACUUUAGAGAAUUUUUACAUUUGAUGGAAGAAGAACCAAUAGCUAAAAAUUUGACUACAAAUUUUUUUAACAAAUACAUUCAUUACACAAUUGUACCAAGAGGACCUCCUAGAUUGCGGACUGGAGGAUUGGAUCAUACUGAUGGCGAUUAUGAAGAUGAAUACUCUUGUAAUCCACCAGCAUUAUGUAUGGUUAUUGUUAGUCUGAUUGAAGUAAUAUUUUUCACUUGGGAUGUUAUAAAAAUGAAAUCACCAGAGUCAAUCCAAGGCCCUAUGGCUUCAAUGUUUAUUUACAAUCCUCAUCGUAGACGUGAAGCUUGGAGAUUUCUGUCCUAUAUGUUUGUACAUGUUGGACAAACUCAUUUGAUAGUAAACUUAAUUGUGCAGCUAUUACUUGGAGUACCAUUGGAGAUGGUUCAUCGUGGUUGGAGAGUAGUAUUAAUUUAUUUAUCAGGAGUUUUAGCUGGUUCACUAGCCACGUCAGUAACUGACCCUUCAGUUUAUUUAGCUGGUGCUUCUGGAGGUGUUUAUGCUUUGAUCACAGCACAUGUAGCUACUAUAAUUAUAAAUUGGUCUGAAAUGGAGUUUGCUAUUUACCAACUCUUGACAUUUACUUUUCUGAUUUUCUUUGAUUUUGGAUCAUCUAUUUACAAUCGUUAUUAUGUUAAUGUGGACAAUCAGAUUGGUUAUACUGCACACUUGGCUGGUGCUAUUGCUGGUCUACUUGUUGGCGUGUACACUUUACGAAAUCUUAACGUACGCCCAUGGGAAAAAAAAUUAUGUUGGUUAUGUUUUGUCAUUUAUGUGUUGUUGACAGGCUCAGGUAUAAUGUGGAAUUUAAUAUUUCCUGAACAUUUUUCAAAAGAACAAUAUUAAAAGUUAAAAUUAUAUUAGUAUCAAAUGUUGGAUCAAUCCUAUUGCACAAAUACUAAAAAAAAAAAAAGUUUAUGAUUUUUAUAAAACAGAUCCAAUUUCAGAAAAGUUAUGACUUUAUGAGCUUUGUUACUUUAUAUUGUGAGAUAAUUUUAUUAGUCAAUUAUAUAUUACUAAGUAAAUAUGUGUUAUAACAAUUUGUAUUAUAUUUUUUUAUAAUAAUUUUUUUUAAACAUGCAUUGAUACUCAUUUUUUUAUGACACAAUUACACAAUAUUUUACUAUGUACAAAUUUAGUAUUUUUAUACAAAAUAUAUUUUAUAUUUUUUUUUUAAAUUUUUUUAUUGCUUAUUUAAGUAGAUUUAACUUGAAAAUCAAUCAUUAUGUCCAAUUACUCAUAGAUAAAAUAAUUUAAUUCUUAUUAAUAUGAAGAAUUGAAGAAAAUAUUUUUAUUCGGAGGUAAAUCAAAAUCAUAAUAAUACACCAAUUUUGUAAGUCAACAAAUCCUUGAUAGGUCACUAUAUAAUUUUAUUUAUUUAUUUUCAUUUGAUAAGUUGUAUUAUACUUAUUUAAAACAACAAUUUGAUUAUAUUUUUAAUUUUUAUUCUUUAACUAACAACCAAUAUUAUGUCAAUAUGACACAAUUUAGUAAACUAAUGCAACUAGUUUUUAAUUAAGAUUAAGUAUUAUUUAUUAUAGAGCAUUGUUUAUUGGUAUUUACUUCAGUUCAAUAAAAAUAAUUAUUACUUAAUGA